AUGUCGGGCUAUACCAACGAUCACUUUGGAGAGCGUACCCUCUCGGCCCUAGACUGUAUUAUUGACGAUCCAACAGGCCUACUAUACCAGGCCAGCCCCAACGCUCGAUUGCCCCAGGCCACCCCGCGCGAUCUUGACAUUUUAUCCGCAGAGCAAUAUCCUCACCCAUUACUGAACAGGAAUUCUCAUGCUACGACCAAGAGGAAACAACUACUCACUGAGCCACCCCAGCAACUUUACGGCGGUAUAACGUUGAGGCAAACCGCACUGUCGACGGAGAGCAGCAAUGACUCCUCACUGAUUCAAACCGAGGAUCCACCACCGAGGCCCCGCAAAAGGGCAAAGAAGGCACCCGUUCAGCAGGAUGACAGCGGCCAUGAGGACUCGACCAAGAAGUCUCGAGGUCGGCCUCGCCUCGAUACACAGGAUGAGACCGCCGCUGACCGUCGACGCACCCAAAUCAGACUCGCCCAGCGUGCUUAUCGGAAUAGGAAGGAGUCUACAAUCAUUGGCUUGAAGCAGCGCGUCACCGACCUCCAGAAUACGAUUGAAAGGAUGAACGCUACCUUCACAGAUCUACAUGACAACAUCAUAGAUUCCGGAAUGGUCAAUGGUCACCGGGGCCUGUCGUCCCAUCUGGAAAAGGUCAUGGCCCAGUUCGAUGAAUUGGUUAAGAAUGCCGCCGCCGACGAUGACGAUGAUGAACCUCAACCCACCAAGGAGCCAACCAAGAAAGAAUCUAACUUCCAAUCAAAGUCCUCGAAAGCCGCACAUCCCCCAAUCAGUCCUCAGCAAUCCAGCCAAGAUUCCGAUACUGAAGAGCUUCCCUCGACCACUUUAUCUAGCAACGACGCCAUUUACGCCUUUGACGACGCCGCUGUAUGGCCUGACACCUCCAACGAUGUGAUGCAAUUCCAUGUCCAUCUUCCCGAAGCCUCGGUCUCUCUGGAGGAGAUCACUGCCAAAAGCCUUACCCUACCUGAGCUGCAACGUCCACUCACGCCCACCAAUCCAUCUCCUGUCACCGGCGGCCAUUUCUACACCUACUCGUUCCAAGAAACGACCUUUGCUCGCCGCCUGCAACGUAUGUGCCUUGAACGUGCCUUUCGAGGCCUCACAUCCCCAACCAUCUCGCCCGCGCACAUUGCCCGCACCUUCCGCUUCACCUUUUGCUUCAGCAACCGCCGUCGUAUGCUCAAUCGGUUUCAAGACAUGCUGAAGCGAAGAGCUGGCGAAGCAUUGGAGAAUUUUGCUGUGCCAUUCUUUCAGAUCGGCGGAGCAGGCACGCAUUUUCCUAGACGUGACAAGGAUGGCAAGGCGGUGCUGCCACCGAAUAUGCUUGGUCCCGAAAGGGCGGUGGAAACCCAGCAGUUCAGUGUCGGUCCGCGCCGGGCUCAAGUUGGCUGGGACUACGAGAGUGGGUUAGUGGAGACGCCGAGAGGCGAGCACAGUGUGCAGGAGUUACUGGAGAAGAUCGGAUUUGGAGGUCUCUGGUUCGACAGCCACGACGUCGAGGGCUAUCUGGAAACGAAGGGCAUCAUGCUCGAUGCGAGCAGCAGCUUUGUCGAAGUCGAUCCACGGGCCCUUAGCUUGGACACCACUAGACCCGGCGACGUCGGAAGCAACACGAGCAGCGGCAACAGCCCUUCUUCGGCUCAGAGCAGCCCUCUACGCACUCCCUCGCCCUUCGGCAAAGCGACUGUCAGCCUCAGCCGGCCCUACGGCCCCUUUGGUAACCCUUUCGUCCAACAGGCGCCCGACAACACUUAUGCUUCGUUCUCCACAGCAUUCAACCCCGACGACCCAACCGAUAUCAGUCUACAAUCCCACAUGUCCAACCUAGAGAAGGACUUCCGUCUCCAAGAUCCCACCGAUCAGAUCGCCUCCGUCCAAUCCUCACACAUCUGGCCGUGGACCGAGCCCGCGCCCCUCCUCGACUUGGACGCCACGCUCACGGACCUCAACAAUACUACUGAUUUCUCCCAAGGCGACCACCAGUACUCCUUCAACGCCGACUACUACACCGAGGCGGGGCGCGCUACUGCGGCAGAGGGCGUGCAGAGCGCCCGCCGGGUCGUGGACCGUCUCGUCCAGCGCGGCGGCUCCGUCACCAUCGACGUGGAGAAGCUGCUGGAGCGGCUGGUGGAUGGAGGGGCUUGUCUAGGCCGCGCGCCGGGGUUCAGGAAGGAGUUGGUCGACCACGCGCUGGUUUUGGGGUUGGCUGAGGGAUUCUAG